CUCCCUACUUGUCUUUACUGCAUUCGGCAUGCAGUAGGGCGGUCCGUUGCCAUGACGGCACCACAAGGGAGUCGUUUUAUUUGAAGAGGACGUGUGUCUCGGCCAAGUGAAUACCUGGACUAAGCCCCGGGUCAGCGCGUCCGAGGAGGAAUAACUGCGUAGGUAGGUAUAUAUAUGCCGCCCGGCCGUCCACCCGAUAUCCGUCGUCCGUCAUAACAUCCAAGUUACGGUCAAGGAGAGCCAAGGCAAGCCAGCUCGAGCAUCGAGACUUCUGCAGCCGUCUGUCCACCCAUCUAAUCUGCCUCCGUUGUUACCGAUCCACACGCUGCUGUUUCCUGUGUUUUUCCCUCCACCUACUCGCUCCUCGGCGACGAGAAAUAAUGGUAUUACCAUCAUCUUUGAGGGUCCUCGGGGCUCUCGCUCUCACUUUAUCCGGCCUCGGCGCGGACGCGAGCGCGAUCCGGCGCGACUACCCGACGGAUGGGUCGACGCUGAAAUGGGGGCCGUGCCAGCUCCGGCAGAACACGACGCUGCCGAUCCAGUGCGCGAAGCUGACCGUCCCGCUUGACUACCUUAACGAGAGCGACACACGAACCAUCGAGCUCGACCUCGCCCGCAUCCCGGCUACGAAGGAGCCCCGCCGCGGCAGCAUCCUCCUGAACUUCGGUGGCCCCGGCCAGCCCGGCGUAGAGAGUCUGCCCGCCUACGCACCGAUCCAGGGCCCUGUCCUCGGCGGCUAUCACGACCUGGUUACUUGGGAUCCGAGAGGAACUGGCAGCACGCUACGCUUCUCGUGCUUUCCAACCGACCCGUCGGGCUACUACGCGGCUAUGGGCACGACGCUGGCCGGGUCGGCAGACACGGCGGUAGGCCAGCUCUGGGCUGAGGGGGGUGUCAUAGCCGAACAGUGCUACAAGAACCUGAAAGAUAUCGGAAACUACGUCGGCAUGGCUUAUACGGCUCGCGACAUGAUUAGCAUUGUCGACGCCCUCGGCGAGGACGGCAUGCUACGGUAUUGGGGUAUAUCAGGCGGCACUACAUUAGGCGCCACUGUCAGCGCCAUGUUCCCCGACAGGGUGGACAAAGUAUUGCUUGAUGGUGUGAUGAACGUUCACGAGUAUUACCACUCCUUUGGCGAGCCCGAGUUCCUGGCCUCAGCAGACGACACGUUCCGCGAGUUCCUCUCAGGUUGCGUCAAGGCACCUGAGAACUGCCCACUGGCGCGUAACCACACGGCGCAGGAGCUCGAGCAGAUUAUGACAGAUCUCUUCGCGGCGGUCCGCGAACAACCUGUGUCGUAUAGGGGCGAGGCCGUGAUCGACUAUACAUUAUUCAAGGGCUUCAUCUUCUCAUCACUCUACCGGCCAAGUUCGUGGCCGCAGCUCUCGGCGGGAAUCGACCAGAUCGUGCACGAAAACAACUGGGACACGUUAGUCGCGUUCGCCCUAGGCCCCGGCAUCCCCCAGGAAGACCAGGCAAUCCUCGGCAUCCGCUGCGGCGACAAGGGCCCGCGUAGCGAUCACCUCUCAGACCUCUCGGAUGUCCUAUCCCGCUUCAUCAAGACCAGCCAGUGGUUCUGGGACUGGGCCUGGGGCUACUGGGUUCUGCCAUGUGCCCAGUGGAAGUUUGAGGCCAAGGAGCGCUACGAGGGCGACUUCCACGUCCGCACCAAGAACCCGUUGCUCUUCGUCGGUAAUACCUGGGACCCUGUCACUCCUCUCGUCUCUGCCAAGAAUGUGAGCUCCGGCUUCGAGGGCAGCGUACUGCUUCAGCACAAUGGGCAUGGUCAUCUCGCCAUGACCCAACCCUCUAACUGCACCGACGGCUACAUCCAGAGGUACUUCCUCGAGGGCACGCUGCCGAAACCGGGCACCAUCUGCGAGCCCAACGAGCCGCUCUUCGCCCACCCACCCUCUUUCUAAGCAUAUAUAUAGAGAAAUAAUACAUGCAGUUUUUACGGCGCCAACCUGACCAUUAUUAUCACUACUACCAUCACCUUGAACCCCUACGACGCCUCGACUCUUCACUUCGACCGUGUCUUUCUAAGAAAGCAAUUCUUGUUUUAUAGGCUCAGAUUAGCAGCAUGUUAUGAAAUCGGAGCGGGCAUUUGGGGGCUAGGGCCCCGAGGGCGGAAAAUUUGGGGUUGGGAUGAAGAUAAUACCUAGUCGCAUCAUUAGGCAUUGUUACCUAGAAUCAUAAGGGUUUGUCAAAAGGGGCACAUACACAGGACUAGAUAUUAUAGAGAAUGCAUUGUGAUACU